AUGGACGCCGCCGACGUCUUCCGGCAAGGCUUCAACUCCUUCGUGCCUCCGAGGCCACGGCCCGUCCCUUACAACGUCCCUCGCGUCGCUCGAAACCCCUCGCCGCAGGACGACGAUGAUGGUGCGAACCACCCAGGACGCAUCGCCCAUACCUUGACAGCUUGUUGCCGCUGUCGCCAGAGGAAAACCCGAUGCGAUCCAACACUACCGCGCUGCUUGCCCUGCGAGCGAUCCGGCUCCGUGUGCGAAUACUAUGAUGCGACAAAAGGCAGAAAGAUUGGUCGCAACUAUGUAGUCAAGCUUCAGGAAAAGGUCCGACAAUUAGAGAACGAAUUGAGCAUGUACACCGACGAGGACAACGACCACCCCCGCAGCAACGAAGACUUUGUGCGUCCUGGCGGACUCGUACGACUUUCAGAGUCUGAAGAAACGCCGCGAUACCUAGGUCCCAGCAGCGGCAUCGCAAUGACCCGCCUGCUCAUGGAACAAGCGAAACUCUUCACCGAUUCCAAGCGCAUAUCUGAGCUCAUUCCUGAAGUGAGAGCGAGACGACAGACACGCAUGCAAUCGAUCGUCAUGGCGAAACCCACCAAGCGAAAGAAGAGCUAUCCCACCACAAGCGCACACCCCGCCACUUCACUGCCCGCGCGCCAGGUCGCCGAUCGGCUUGUCGACAUAUUUUGCCAGAGAUCUCAAGUUUUCUGGCCUACCUUGCACGAAAAACAGUUUCUCAAAGAUCUGGAAGAAGUCUUCGCCGGUGGAACGUGCUCCUACAAAAACUUCAUCGUCCGAAUGGUCUUCGCCAUUAGCCUUCAGAAGCUCGAUAUCCAGUACGCUGGACUUGCCGACAGCUACUACCUGGCCGCCAUGGAGUAUUUUGAGAUUGUGAUCCGAUCCAAAGACUUGAGGACUCUGCAGUGCCUAGCCCUCAUCGGGCAAUACUCGAUGCUUACGCCCACGCGAAUGGCCAUUUACCAUGUUGUGGGCAUGGCAACGCGCAUAUGUCAGGCCGAGGGACUUACCGACGAGAAGACGAUAUCGGCCGACUAUUCGUUAGGCCUCAUAGACCCCCUGACCCUCGAUAUGCGACGCCGGCUCUCAUAUGUCACCGCAUCAAUGGAAUUCGGCCUCGCUCAUAGCAUGGGACGCCCGAACGGCAUAUCGAAGGGAGACGAUUAUCUGGACGUCGAGCCCUUUGCCACUGUUGACGACGAGUACAUCACUGAGGAAGGCAUUCUCCCUGCUCCGCCCAGUGAGAAGAAGCUUGUCGCGUUGCACUUUUUCAAGAUGAGGAUGGCGCAAGCCGAGAUCAAGCGGUUUCUCUAUGAGAAGAAACGCCCUGAGCCCAAGAACGAGACACAUCCCUGGUUCAGCAAGAUGGAAAAGGACAUACAAGACUGGGUGGACCAAUCACCAGAGAACCCAGCUUGGUGUAAACCUUGGUUCACUGGCCGAGCCCACCAGAUGCGCAUUUUCCUUCACCGGCCAUCUCCUCAAAUACCCAAGCCAUCUGGCCGAGCCGCCUUGAUCUGCUAUGAGGGCGCCGCGUACAUCAUCAACCUGUCUAAACAGCAAAUGGAAAAGGCGGCUGUCGACAUCACCUGGAUUUUCUUGUUGACUCUUUUUAUGGCUCUGAACGCAAUGCUUUGGGCGGUCUCGUACCCCGAAGUUCGGCAGGCACAUUCUCGAGAAGAAGUUGAUGAGCUGGUUCAGGUUGCGCUUGACAUUGUCGAUCAAGAACAGUGCGCUCAACGAUGGCCCGGUUCGGAAUCGGCCUCCAACUUGUACUCCGUCUUCGCCAAAGCCUGUCUCCAGGUCUACGACAUUCGCGACACCUCCACAGUUGCUUCCUCCAGCCAUCUCAACACGCCAUCCUCCAUAUUCGAUACGGACUCUCCCCAGGGUUCCGACAACUCGGCGUCUACUGCGCCCUCGUUCAAGGUCAAUGCGCCCCAGUUCGGAACCGUAUUCGAUGCCACCCCCGAAGCAAUGAAUCACUUCGGAUACGAAGCAAACUAUCAACCAAUCCACCCAACCUUCCGUUCCAAUUCGAUCUUUAUGGGUCCUUCCACAGAUCAGCUUGGCCGACGAUUUUCAGCUUAUCCUCCAGAAUUGCCCCUGGAUGACCAGACGCCGCCUGGCAACACGCCCGUUGGAUAUGCAUCCUCAAUGUCGACACCGGCGCAGCAUUCUGGCCAUCUUCCCACCCCUCCGGAGUCGCUCGGUGCGAACCAGAUGAAUGCUGGUACUCCUGGCAGUACGACGUCGACAAUUUCACCGCCUUCGAGUGCCACGCCUACGAUGCCGCAAUCUUCGCCAGCUAUGUCAUUCACGCCGUCGAUGAAUGCGAUAAGCACCAACAUGUCGCCGCCGCCUCCGCCGCCCAAGAUGACGCAGCCAGGACAGCAACCCCAUCCUCCUCAGCGCGGGCCCACAUUCGUGGUGCCGCCUCCUCCGCCGCACGUUCAGCAACGUCCGCUGCCUACACCUAGUGGCAUCACGGAUUGGUUCUCGCCGCCGCCGCCCUUCAUCACGCCGUAUAACUUCACCCCCAUGAGCAACAGCUUCUUCAACGACGGAUCCCACGCACACAACUACACCAAUGCUCCUGAGCUCGGACUCGGCAUUGGGCAGUUCAACCUGGGUCCUUUCGGUGGGCCCCCGGCAGGCUGGAAUGCGGAGCGACAGGGUAGCCUGAGUCAAGAACAGCAGUUGGAGCUCAUGACGGCGCUGGAGACGGACGGGAUGGGCGAGAUUGAUGCGUUUCUGAACAUGGGCAUGGAUAUGGGGAACCAGGGCGUCAACACGAACGGGUGGUCCUAA